GGCGCCAUAGAUUAGAUUGAUAUAAAUUAGGAAAAUAAAAUAUAUACUCGUAAUACAACAAAAAUAAUAUAAAACGAAACAAAACAAAAAAAAACUAAAUUAUAUUUAAAAGAUAAUAACUAUACGAAAAAAAAACAAGUGAUCUAGUGUUUAAAGUAUAUUAUGUGAUAGACUUCAUAUUUUUUACAAGUGAUUGAUAAUUUUGACGUGAGAUUAAGCAAAAUGGCGACCGCUUGAAGUUACGUGUGGUGAUUAUUAUCAACAUGCUAACGAUGUCGACACUCAUGAUGCCAGCUGCUACGAUGACCACUAUGACGAAUGCUGGUCCCAUACCGGUUGCUGCCGCAACCAAGCUAGAGCCAAAGCUGCUGCAAUUGCCGCACCCAGCACUAAUGCCGCAAAUACCACAACAGCAACACCACCACCAACACCCACACGGGAACAACAAUAAACUCGAACACUACCACAUCUUCGUCGGUGAUCUCAGCCCGGAGAUUGAGACGCAGAAUCUCAGAGACGCCUUCGCCCCAUUCGGCGAAAUAUCGGAUUGUCGCGUCGUUCGUGAUCCUCAGACGCUCAAAUCUAAAGGAUACGGUUUCGUGUCCUUCCUUAAGAAAUCCGAAGCGGAGUCAGCUAUAACGGCUAUGAACGGCCAGUGGUUGGGGUCAAGGUCUAUACGAACUAACUGGGCGACAAGGAAACCACCAGCUCCAAAAAACGAACUAAACUCAAAGCCGCUAACCUUCGACGAGGUUUACAACCAGAGCUCCCCAACCAAUUGCACGGUCUACUGCGGCGGUCUUACGGCCGGGCUCACCGAGGAGCUCAUGCAGAAGACCUUCCAGCCCUUCGGGACCAUCCAGGAGAUACGCGUCUUCAAGGAUAAAGGAUACGCUUUUAUCAGAUUCUCAACCAAAGAGAGCGCGACCCAUGCUAUAGUUGCUGUGCACAAUGCUGACGUUAACGGAGCUCCUGUGAAGUGUUCCUGGGGCAAGGAAUCCGGUGACCCGAAUAACGCACAAGGAGCACAGUUGGGUGGCACUGCCUAUAGUCCUUUCGGCGCCUAUCCAGGAGGUGUUCCACCUUCAUAUUGGUAUAACACAUACCCGCAGCAACUGGGAGGUUUCCUGCAAGGAGUCCAGGGAGUGCAAGGAUACUCCUAUGCCGGGCAAUUCGCGGGCUAUCAGCAACAAUACAUGGGCAUGGGCGGCGUACAAUUGCCAUGGGCGCUGGGCGGAGGCGUGGGCGGUGUGGGCGGAGUGGGCGGCGUCGGUGGUGUCGGUGGCGUCGGCGGUGUUGCUGCAAUGUCUCAGCCGCCUCAAGUGCUGCACUAUCCCGUACAGCACUUUCAAGUCCAGCCCAUCGGUGAAGACGAGUGGCUGGCGCCGAGCCUGCUGGUGUGAGGCCAACGUGCCCGCGAGCCCUGCUGUUGUCACGACUGGACAUGAACCCGUUACACUCCUCUACGUUCGCCCUUUCAGUUUCUAGUCAUUCGUCUAGUCUUUCCUUUCUAGUUAAUCGUUGUUAGUCAAAUGCGUUCAGUUCAUUAGCUUCUGAGUUUUGGACAAUCCAUUGAGACAACUCUAAUAUCUCUACAAGACUUUGACUUGAUUUAGUUUAUCUUCGUUUCAAUGGAUUGUCCGAUACGUUACUUUGCUCGGGGACUAGCAGGGGCGAGUGCUGGCGAGAGCCUUAGACAUAACAAGAGCAUGCGAGAUAUAUAACGAUAAAAUGUGAGUCACUCUAACGAAUACUUAUUUAUUGCGGCUUAUGAAUGCGUUAAUGAUAAGGUAAUUUUUAAAAGAUAUAUAGUUAUUGUUAGGUAAGCUAGUUUUAAGACUAUACUGACACACGCGGGCCAAAAUCGGUUGCGAAAUUUGUGUGAUUUUUUUUUUUUUUGUUUGUGGAAUACCAAAGACGGUACCAAAACAUCUGAGCACAAGUAUAGUGUAAGAUUAGUGGAAAAUGUAGAUUUUUGGAACAAUGUUUAAUAGAAAAAAAAAGUCUAGAAAAAUGUAGGCAACAGAAAGCGAGUGAGAUGUUUUAUAAGAAAUUUUAUAUCCGCCGAGAACGCUAGGGAGACUUAAGAUAUAUAUAAUAUAUGGAAGCUAUACAAAGGAUUUUAAAGGAUUCUUUUGGACAAUGCCAAACAAACCUGUAUGAUAAAUCACGACUUAUUACUAUAACAAAAGGUUGUGUCUUAAUGUAAAGUUGAAUUGGAGAUCAUUGAAAAUACCGAAAAAGAAAAAAAAAGAAAAAUUAAAACAAAAUAUUAGAUUUAUUUAUCGGUUAAGAAAAGAAAAAAUAUUUAUUGCUUAGUACAUAAGAAUAUUUAAUCGUUUACUGUAGGUAGUGUGUAAUGGAAUGUGUGGGAUAAGUGCGUCUAGAUUUUAUGUUUGAAAAAAAAAAAAAAAAAACAAUGUUUGCUGUAUUUAUUUUCACUAAUUUACUUUCUUCGUGAUUGUAACCCCGACGGGGUGUUGUUUUAAUGGCAACAUUAAAAUGUAGUUGUAUAAACUACUGUCUUUUUUGAAACUUUUUAAAAAAAUGGCGAUUCUAGGACGCGCCUGUCAUAUAAUAUUUUGUAAAUGAUGUAUUUUAUAUAUUGGUAUACUGACGAUUGUUAUUGUUUAACUCCGUAGUUUCGUUUUCUAUUAAGCGUAAUUAUUUGAGCAUGUAGUAAAAACUUGUGAAACAUAUCGCUAGAGAAAGUAUUGUAAGAUUAUAUUAUAUUAAUGUUAUAACUUCAGCUAAGGGACGAAUUGUUUUGUCAAUUUCCUUCAUCGGUCAAUCGGGAACGAUCUGCGCCGUGGUAAAAAUACUUUUACUUCCAAGUAAAGACGAGAUAAUGUCAAAUUUGCAAAAAAAUAUAUACAUAUAUAUAUUAAUUAUAGCACAACGAUGUAUUUAAACCACGGUGGACGGAUCUUCCAUAGUAUCAGCAGUAACAGAGCGAUAGAUAGUCAAAUUUAGCGGUAGUAGACAUAUAAUUCUAGGUUUAUAUGAUUAUAUGAAAAAAUGAAUUAAUUUUUGCCUAUAAUUGCUUGAGUAGAAUUAUAUAGUAAGCGGUACAUAUAUAUCCGUAGAUUAAGUAAGUAAUGAAUAAUUUUAGAGAUCGCCGACCGUUGCUUAUACGAGUCGUUGCCUUUUUCUUGUUGCUAUACUUCCUUCUAAAAUAUAUAGUUAUAUGCUAUUGUUAAGAUAAGUCAUAGGUACGGCUUAUAUGUUUCCGAUAGAUGUAAAGGCUAAGGUGUAUAUCGAUGGACGUGCCCAUUAUAACAUGGACUAUUGAUACAUUAGCUAGGUAAAAUGCGAGAUUUAACGAAGGAUAUAUAUACUUAUAUAUAUACAAAAUUAUUAAGCAAAAUAAUUACAUAUAUCGUUUAGAUAGGCUAUGAAAUUUUAUGUGUAGUUUCAUUUUAAUUUAUAAUUUCGUUUCAUUUAUUUAUUUAUUUAUUUUGUGUCCAUUCCAUUGAUAUUAAGAUAUAAUAUAUAAUUUUAAGUCCCAAAUAACACCAAAUAUUUUAUAAUCCUUGACGUAAAUGUUAAAUGUAGAGUUGGAAUGUGAAAUCAAUUCUCAUGCUAAAUGAAAACUUUAAAUGCCUUAUCUAUACAAAUUUAUAAUCUUCUUUCUAUAUUGUUUUUUUUUUAUGUAGCAUUGUGUUUGAAAUGGUAUGUUCAAGUUUAUGUUAUUUAUCGUAAUCAAUACAUUACAGUUAGGUUUAAUUUAAAAAAAUCUCAUUUUAAAAAUCUUACCGUAUACAAAAAAAGAAAAAAAAAACUAAAUAUAAAUUACAAUAUUUUAAUAAUUAUCGAUUUAAUAUGCCGAAGACUGUACGCACGUUGAAUGUACCAUUCUGAACACGCAAAGUGCCAAACUAUUUUGUUAUCGAUAUUUCAUUUUAUAUGUAAAAAUCUUACCGAUGAAGUAUAACACCAAUUUAUUGUCAGACUUAGCGAAUAAUCCUCUAAGAGCGAUUCUAAAUUAAAUUCUGACAGCCUCGAA